AGGGUUUCCAUUACCUAUGCGAGAAAAGAAACAAAAAAAUAUAUAUAUUUUUCUUUCGAUUUACGAGGUCGAACUACAAUGAUACUCGAGCUAAUCUUUUUUUUCUUAUCGACUAAUGCAAGAGCCGACGACGAGGAACCAUACAUCGUGUAUGGUAAUGGGGCAACAUCAGAACGAAAUCUUCCUCUUUGCACGGGACCACGUGAAGCUUGCAAUAUUGUCCGCUUACGAUUCUGGCUAUCGCCCAUAGUAUACAGGUUAUGCAAGUGUCCUGAUCUGACAGACUGCCCUAUGGAGUGGAUGGAUACAAAUGACAAGAGAACCAUUUCCCUCAACGUGCGAGCACAGCUCAAAUUUUGCAGUCAAGUUGCAGAGUUGGAGCCAUGUGAGGAAAGUCAAUCUGUCGCUGCUGAAAUACGGUCAAAUGGCACGAUAAGCAUUAACUGCUUUUGUGGCCCAGGAAACUUCUUCCAUAAACUUUACAAUACUACAUCGGGACAAUAUUUUGCAUGUCUGCCGUUUGGUUCGUGCCAGAAUGGAGAUUUCUGUGGUCAUGUGACAUCAAGUUCUUAUGAGACUUACCAUAUAUGUACAUGCCCAGCUAAACAUAUCUGUAUUUUACAGAACAGGAAGCUGGUACAUGCUCAUGAAAUUCUCUAUAUAGGCCAAGCUUAUGAAGGAUUUUGCACACCAAGGGAAAUUUAAAAAAUACUUCCUAAAAGGGACAUAUUAAGACAAAAAAACUAACUGUGAAUUUUCCUAACAAAUAUUUCAAUAAAAUGAAUCUUUGAUGCAUA